AUGUCCCAUUACUCUCUGGUGUCCCCUCAUCGCCCUCUGGUGUCCCCUCAUCACUCUCUGGUGUCCCCUCAUCACUCUCUGGUGUCACCUCAUCACCCUCUGGUGUUCCCUCAAUACUCUCUGGUGUCUCCUCAAUACUCUGUGGUGUUCCUUCCUUGCCCUCUGGUGUCCCCUCAUUACUCUCUGGUGUCCAUUCACCGCCCUCUGGUGUCCCCUCAUCACCUUCUGGUGUCCCCUCACUGCCCUCUGGUGUCCCCUCAUUACUCUGUGGUGUCCCCUCAUCACUCCCUGGUAUCCCCUCAUUACUCCCUGGUGUCCCCUCACUGCCCUCUGGUGCCCCUCAUUACUCUGAUGUCCCCUUAUCACCUUCUGGUGUCCCAUUCACAGCCCUCUGGUGUCCCCUCAUCACCCUCUGAUGUCCCAUUACUCCCUGGUGUCCCCUCAUCACCCUCUGAUGUCCCUGGUGUCCCCUCAUCACCCUCUGGUGUCUCCUCACCACCUUCUGGUGUCCCCUCACUGCCCUCUGAUGUCCCCUCAUUACUCUCUGGUGUCCCCUCACUGCCCUCUGAUGUCCCAUUACUCCCUGGUGUCCCCUCAUCGCCCUCUGGUGUCCCCUCAAUACUCUCUGGUGUCCCCUCACUCUCUGGUGUCCCCUCAUUACUCUGUGGUGUCCCCUCACUGCCCUCUGAUGUCCCAUCACUCUCUGGUGUCCCCUCAUCACUCUCUGGUGUCACCUCACUGCCCUCAGGUGUCCCAUUACUCUGUGGUGUCCCCUCACUGCCCUCUGGUGUCCCCUCAUCGCCCUCUGGUGUCCCCUCACUGCCCUCUGGUGUCCCCUGCAUACUCUCUGGUGUCCCCUCACUGCCCUCUGGUGUCCCCUGCAUACUCUCUGGUGUCCCUUCACCACCCUUUGAUGUCCCCUCAGUACUCUCUGGUGUCCCCUCAUCACCCUCUGAUGCCCCCUCACUGCCCUCUGGUGCCCCUCAUUACUCUGAUGUCCCCUUAUCACCUUCUGGUGUCCCGUCACAGCCCUCUGGUGUUCCCUCAUCACUCUCUGGUGUCCCUCAUCACCCUCUGGUGUCCCUUCAUCACUCCCUGAUGUCCAUUACUCCCUGGUUUCCCCUCACUGCCCUCUGA